AUCCCUUAUUGAUGGAAUUAUUCUUUCCGAUACAAAACUGAUAUUAAACUCAAUUUUAGGGUUUUGCACUCAUAAAAUUCUUCUUUUUUUGAUCGGUCAAACUAGAUUGUCUGAUACAGCAUACAAAAUAUUGAAUUCGAUAUAGAAUUCCUGAUACGGAGUAAUAUUUAUGAAAUUCUUUGUUUUUAAUUCAAUAUCAACCGGUUGAAUCAAUUUUCUCUUUCAUAACUGUAUCGUAGCUUUGAAGUGGGAAGGCGAGAACAUCCGGCAGACGGCAGUGAUUGCGCGGGGCCACUUUGCCGGAAGUCCGUACCCGGCUAAUUCGUCUCCCUCCUGAGUCAUGGUCUCAGCCCUGAGUAGCCAGUGGUGACGUUCUUGCUUCUAAAAAUCGAAGGGGAAAUGGAGAAGAUGGUGGCAGUAGGCCUUGUUUGGGGAGCCACAAACGCCUUCAUGAAAAAUGGCGUACUCAAAUGCGACGAGAAGCUAAGAUCGUCUCUCCAUUCUAACACCCCGCAACACCCCGCUCUCAAAACCCUCAAGAAUUGGUUGGAUCUGGUUUUGACUUGGCAGUACUCUGUGCCGUUCCUUCUGAACCUUUCUGCUUCGGCAGCUUUCUACGCAAUCCUCAGCGAUGCACCAAUAUCUCUAGCUGUUCCAGUCACCAAUGCGACGACGUUUGCAGCCACCGCCGUUUUCGGGGUGAUUCUCGGGGAAGAGAUCCGGAUUGGGCUGGCUCUGUUUGGUACUUUUCUUAUUGCUCUUGGAGUUUAUAUAUGUGUCAUGUGAAUACAAUUUGAUCAAUGGAUGUCUUAUUCUCUUUGUUUCCCAGGCAAAUUUUUUUAUAUCAUUUCUUUGGUAAUAACUACUCCGUAAUAAGUUACUGUUAGUGUUAGUUCAUUUUGAAAUUCUGUUACAUUCUUGAUGAUGUUGAUGAUGAUGAUAUGCUGCCGAUGCUGAGAUAUUCUAUGCGGUCCAAGUUAUUAAUGAUGUGGAA